UACCAGUACCACCGCUCUCUCUCCACUUUGCCCCUUUCGUUUUUUUUCUUCUGAAUCCUUCAUAUCAAUUGUCGAUUACUCGUCCGCCAUGGAAGAAGGUACAUCGCGACGUGCCAAACGUCCCUUCGUUGAGGACGAUGACUCCAAUAAACCUCCAGAACAGAAGCGUGUAAGGUUCCCAAAGGGUAAGAAGGUAAAGCAGGCCGAUAACACGAUUGAUGGGCGUGAAGAUAAACCUAGUGGGCGAACAGAUCCUCGCGCUGCUGCCAAAGAGCGUUCGGCACGGCGGAAUCAAAUAACAGCGGAGCUCCUUGAUGAAGAAAACGAAGGUGAAAUAGCUGACAUAUCGCGGGCAGAAGUAGAAUAUGAGGAAAAUGAAACAUUCAUUGAUGAUGGUAUUGCAAUAGAGCCUUUUAAUCUGAAUAAAGAGAGAGAAGAAGGUUAUUUUGAUGCAUCAGGAAACUAUGUUGAAUAUUUAAAUCAAAAUGAGAUAAAGGACGCAUGGCUUGAUAGUGUUGAUACUGAGAAAAGAUAUUCUGGGAAGAAAGCUAUCAAGAUAUCAAAUGAAGAUGAGAUUCAAGACCUUACAUCAGAACAACUAGGAAAGAUGAAGAGGCGAAUUGCUGAUGUGCUCGAACCAGGAGAAACAGUUUUACGAGGUUUAAGGAGAUUGAAAGGUACCUCAAACAAUAACAAGGGCAAAAUGUCUGUAGAAACUAAGCAGCUGUUUGAUCAGCUAACAGAAGAUGCUAUGAAGCUGAUGGAGAAUGGAGAUUACAAUGUGUAUGAAGAAAAGCAAGAGAGUUUCCAGCGGGAAGCAGAGGGAUAUGAGAAGUUAGCUCAGGCAAGACAGGGUAAAUCCAGUGAAUCGAUGCAGCCUAAGCCUGAUAGUAUCCUCGAUGAAGGUUUCCUCCCCAGUGGGUCAACUGCUACUGCAGGAGGACAUUCUAUGCAUAAUGCAGACAUGGCUUCAUCAAAUUCAUACAACUCAGCUAGCAAGAACGAUGAUGCACUUGACAUGUUUGGUGAAGACGAUGAAAAUAUUCCAGCUAAUCCUGCCUCUAAUGGAGGUGAUCAGCAUGGCGAUUAUGUCUUCGAUGAGUCCUCUGGUUAUUACUACAGCAGCAGUUUGGGCUACUAUUAUGAUCCAUCAUCUGGACUGUAUUGCCAUGCUUCAUCAGGACAAUGGUACUCAUAUAAUGAUGAAUCGGGUAUAUACCAAGAGGUGCCACAAGCUACAUCCGAUGCCAAUUGAAAGGGACCGAGUUCUUAUACAGGAGGAGUGAUGGGCCUGGUGAUAGUUUUCUUGACAGAGGUUGACUGCUUUGCUGCAUUUGUCAAACUUACUGAUACUUUUCUUCGACGGCUUUGCUGCAUUUGUCAAACUUACUGAAUCUCAGCCUUUGGAAACACAUCAUAUUUGAGAAAUGCUUUUUGCACUCUGCCCAGUGCUCACUGCAAACAUCAUGGUUGGAAUGAUAUAUUUUCGUUUACGUAUAAGCAGGUGUACAGUGAAUUCAUAGCACGUUGAGAAGACAAAACUUGUUUCUUGUAUCUUGUGGUGACAGACAAUCUCAUUGGUUUCUUGUUCUUGUAACUGCAAAAUGCUGCUAGUUUUCAGUGCCUCUCGAACUGUAAAAUUGUUGUCUCGUUUGUUUCUUCAGUUCUAUUUGUGAUAUGACUGGAAAGAAAAGGCAGUGCGGGUGCACUAAAGUUUCUGCUGCCGAACUACAAGGGUCUAUUUGUACGUAGCCUUACA